AUGGCCGUCUCGAUGCUGCACGCUCCCUCGCGAGCCUCGACCUCGUCCUCGUCGUCCUUCAUCCCCGUCUCGCGCCAGAACACGAUGUCGUCGCACGAUGGCGCGCGCUCGGUGCGCCAGUCGAAACGCUACUCCGUCACAGCGCUGUAUCUGUCCAUGUCGGCAAAGGACAAGGACCUCGAGAUCGAAGACGACCUGGCCAGAGCCCAGAAGAUUCUGCGCGAACUCAAGUCCAAGAUCUCAUCGCAGUCGAAAAAGAACUUCGUCCUCGAAAAGGACGUGCGCUACCUCGAUUCGCGGAUAGCGCUGCUCAUCCAGAACCGCAUGGCUUUAGAAGAGCAAAACGAAGUUGCAAGCCAUCUUGAAGACGGGCUCGAACUUCAAGAGGGCUUCUUCCCCAACGACGACAAGACGCAGAAAUACGGCAACCUGCUCUUCCUCCUACAGUCCGAACCGCGACACGUUGCCCACCUCUGUCGCCUGGUGUCCAUGGCUGAGAUUGAUGCCCUGCUCCAGACUGUCAUGUUCACCAUCUACGGAAACCAGUACGAGAGUCGUGAAGAGCAUUUGCUGUUGACCAUGUUUCAGUCAGUACUCACGUUCCAGUUCGACAACACGCCAGACUACAGCUCGCUUCUGCGCGCCAAUACACCCGUCUCGCGUAUGAUGACCACGUACACCCGAAGAGGACCCGGCCAGAGCUAUCUCAAGGUCGUUUUGCAAGACAGUAUCAACUCACUCAUCGAAUUGAAGGAUCUUGAUCUCGAAAUCAACCCGCUCAAAGUAUACGAGAAGAUGGUCCUCGAACUUGAAGAGCAGGGCCAAUUACCAGCCGAUCUUCCAAAGGGUGUUACUGCAGAGCAGGCCGCAGAGAACGACAAAGUCCAGCAGAUUAUCGGCCCACGUGUGACCAUGCUCAUGGAGAUAGCCAACAACUUUCUCAGCACCAUUAUCAACGGCCUCGAUGAGACGCCCUAUGGCAUCAGGUGGAUAUGCAAGCAGAUUCGCAGCUUGUCACGGCGAAAGUACCCUGACGCACAGGAUCAGACCAUUUGCACGCUCAUCGGCGGCUUCUUUUUCCUCCGGUUUAUCAACCCUGCAAUCGUUACACCGAGAUCAUACAUGCUUAUCGAUGCGACACCAGCCGAGAACCCCAAACGCACGCUCACAUACAUUGCGAAGAUGCUACAGAACUUGGCAAACAAGCCCUCCUACGCGAAGGAGCCGUAUAUGGCCAAGUUGCAGCCUUUCGUCCACCAGAACAAGGAUCGAAUUAACAAGUUUCUUCUUGAUCUCUGCGAAGUACAAGACUUUUACGAAAGCUUGGAGAUAGACAACUACGUUGCUCUGUCGAAGAAGGAUCUUGAGCUCUCUAUCACACUCAAUGAGGUGUAUGCGACGCAUCAAUUGUUGGAGAGACAUAUCGCGGAAUUGGCAAAGGAUGACAGUUCGCAUUUGGGUGUAAUCUUGUCAGAACUCGGACCUGCACCAGCCCAACUUCCACGAAAAGAGAACAGGGCCAUCAAUCUGCCGUUGUUCAGCAAAUGGGAGACACCACUUGACGAUUUUACAGCAGCUUUAGACAUCACACAAGAGGAGAUCUUCUUCAUGGAGGCUAAGUCGACCUUUGUCAUGAUCCUCCGCUCGCUCCCACCCAGCACCUCGGUUACCCGACGUCCUUUGAGGCUCGACAGGAUCGCCGAAGCAGCUGCAACAACGAAAAACGACUCCGUGAUGGUGAAGAAGGGGAUUCGGAGCAUGGAACUUCUCAGCCAGUUGCAGGAUCUGGGCGUCAUCGACAAAGAAGACGGAUUCUCACUUCUUAGGGAUGAAGUCGAGCAAGAGUUGGUUCACUUGGGGUCCAUGAAGGACAAAGUUAUCGACGAGACAAGGAAGCUUGACGAAGUCAACCGCACGAUUCGAGACCACAAUGCCUACUUGAUCGGUCAGCUGGAGACGUACAAGUCUUACCUGCACAACGUCCGCAGCCAGUCUGAGGGCAAGACAAGGAAACAGCAGAAACACCAAGUCCUAGGUCCCUACAAGUUCACGCAUCAACAGCUGGAGAGGGAGGGCGUUAUCCAGAAGAGUAACGUCCCAGAAAACCGGAGAGCUAACAUCUACUUCAACUUCACAAGUCCACUCCCCGGUACGUUCGUCAUUUCGCUGCACUACAAAGGUCGCAAUCGUGGUCUCCUCGAGCUCGACCUGAAGCUCGACGACCUCCUCGAGAUGCAGAAGGACAACCAGGAAGACCUGGACCUCGAGUACGUUCAAUUCAACGUGUCCAAGGUUCUUGUCCUCCUCAACAAGCGAUUUGCACGGAAGAAGGGAUGGUAG